UAGUUCGACUGAUUUAUAUAACAGCUACACAACAAAUUUACUUCACAACAAAUUUAUUUUUUAACGUGUAUACAUAUGAAAAAAACAACAUGUUACGUUUAAAAAUUAUUUGUAUAAUUUUAAUAAUAAAAAUAACAUUAGCAAUUGAAAAUAAUGGACUAAAUGAGUAUUUUCAAAAUUCCGAAAAUAAUUUGUUUCAUUUGGAUAUAUUACCAGAAUACAAAAUUGAACGUUUGGAAUUUAUGCUGGACAAUGAAGACAGUGAUGGCAUUGAAGAUAGCUCAAAUGGAACAAUCAUUUAUCGAAUUCCAUCAGGUCCAAAGUCACCAAAGGCUGAAGGAAAAAGACCAGCUUUAAUUCAACAUGGUAUUUUAUGUAACACUAAUAAUUGCACUGUUAAUAAACCACAAAUUGCAAUAGUUUAUUUACUUGUUGAUCAAGGCUACGACGUUUGGCUAGGCAUAAGCAAUAAUUUUACAGCUGAAAAUUUAAUAUCCAAUGAAGAAAUUGAAAAAAAAAAAUUGGAAAAAAUUGCCAAAUGUAUUUUAUCAUUUGUUAAUCAAUCUGAAUUAUUGGUUAUGGGAUAUUUUAAUGGAAGUGUACAAUUUUUUGGAAUAACUGAACAAAUUGAGGAAAUAAAAACUUCGAAAUUUACCAAAUGGAUUGAUGUUAUUCCAGGUGUUAAAAGAGCCAGAAAUUGGUACAAUAAAAUGCUACAAAAAGGACGUAAUUAUUUUUCAAGAAAUUAUAAAAAUGUUAUUGCAAAAUUUGACAAGCUGGGUGAUAAGCUGGAUUAUGUUAUUGAUGAUCAAUCAAUUCGCUAUCUCAAGAAUACAGUAUUAAAUUCAUGGGGUUUUGUAGCCAAAAUGAUAAUGCCAACAUUAACAGUUCAGGAUUUUUCUAAAAUGAUUAAUCAUCCUGAUGUUUAUCUUGACACUCCACAACUUUUGACAAAAUAUGGAUAUAUUUCAGAGACCCAUGAGGUCAAAACUGAUGAUGGAUAUUUAUUAUCAGUUCAUCGAAUAACAGGUGGCAAAAAAUAUCCACCGAAAAUUGGUAAACCAGUUGUUUUUCUUCAGCAUGGAAUUUUAGCAAGUUCAGUUGUCUGGAUUUUAACUGGACCCACCAAAGGCCUUGCUUAUAUACUUGCUGAUGAGGGAUAUGAUGUUUGGAUGGGAAAUUCUCGGGGUAAUUCAUACUCUCGUGCUCACGAGACACUAUCACCAUCUGAUAAAAUGUUUUGGGAUUUUUCAUGGCAUGAAAUGGGAAUUUAUGAUCUUCCAGCUGUUAUUGAUCAUAUUUUAUCAAUAACUGGUGAAAAAAAAAUUAGCUACAUUGGUCAUUCACAGGGUACAACUUCAUUUUUUGUUAUGAUGUCAGAAAAACCAGAGUACAAUGAUAAAAUUUUAAAAUUUGUUGCUUAUGCACCACUUGCAUUUGCUGCUCAUAUAAAAAGUCCAAUUAUAAAUUUUUUUGCUAAAAUAUCAAAGCCUGUUUACCAUGGAUUGAGACUUUUAAAAAUGAAUGAUUUCAUGCCAACAAAUGCAUUGCUGACGAAAAUUGGUCGAUACUCAUGUGAGGCUAAAUCAUUGUAUCAAGUUAUUUGUAGCAACACUUUAUUCAUGGUCACUGGAUAUGACACUGCACAAAUUAAUAAAACAGUUGUACCAAUUAUUCUAGGCCAUCUACCUGCUGGAAGUUCCAUCAAACAAUUCUAUCAUUUUGGCCAAGGAAUAAAUUCAAAAAAAUUUCGUCAAUUUGAUUAUAUUCAACCUGAUAAAAAUCGUCAAGUUUAUGGACAACCAGAACCACCUGAAUAUAAUGUUACAAAAACAAUUGUACCAGUUGCUUUGUUUUAUGCUGAAAAUGAUCUUUUAUCUGUCGUUGAAGAUGUCGAAAAUUUAUCAAACAAAUUAUCAAAUUUAGAAAUGCAACAUAAAAUACCAAUGGAAAUGUUUAAUCAUAUUGAUUUUAUGUUUGCUAUUGAUGCACCAGCCCUGGUCUAUCAACCGACAAUUGACUAUCUCAAAAAACCUUUAUAAUUAAAAAAUAAUUUAAUAUAAAUUUAUUUUGUUAUUAAUAAGUAACUGUUAAUUUAAUUGAAGUAAAUAUUUUAAUAGCAUUAUUAUUUUUUGUAUAAUGUAUUUUAAGGAAAAAAGAUAUUGUAUUUGAUUUUUUUUAUGAGUCAUUUUUAUAUUUUAUGACUAAUAUUUUACAAACACAAAAGAUCUAAGGUUUAAGCUUUUCCAAGGGUCUUAGACACGAAAAAAAAAAAAAAAUCUAAGAAACUAUUAUGAACCGGCUAGAACG